AUGAUGCUCUCCAUGCUCAAGCCUGACACCUCAUCAUCCCAUUUAACAAAAACUGGAGACAACAAACAGCUACUAGACAACAAUCCCAGCCGGAAAACACCACCAACAACAAAAAACAUCUCGCAGCAACAGCCUCAGAACGCAACCGCACCGAGCCCGGACUACGGGCCCGGACGGUGCCGUGGGGACAGCACGAGGGGCGACGGACGGCGAAGCACCAGGCACCCAGGCUGGCACACAAAAUCCGGCUUGUGGCGCGCUCGAGCGGGCGGAGCGGGCACGGGCUGCCGGCCGGGACGGGGGAGCUCUCCGCGGGGCUCCCGUCCCCGCCGGCCGCCAGCGCCGCGGGUUUCGCCCUCCCGCCACGGCGCCCGGCCCGCGGCGGCGCGCCCGCCUCCCCGCUCCCCCCACCGUAAGGCCGCGGUCCCGGAACUCCCGUACACAGGCCCCGGCAGCGACUCCCGAGUCCCUCCCGACCGCGCUCCACCAGCCGCGGCCUCACACGGAUCGGCACCGCCGCCUUCCGGGGCGCCGCCGCGGGGCCGGCCGCGCCCGCCCGGGAGCGGCGGCGCGGCCUCGGCGCGGGGCCGGCGGCCGAGCUCCGGCCAGGCGGGCCAGCCGAGCGCCGAGCGGGGCCCAACGGCGGCGGCGCCGAGCGCGGGAGCAAGGCCCGAGCAGCCGAGGCUAGAACGCCGCCAGGCAGCGCCAGCCGAGCGACGAGGUCUCCACCGCCGCCCGGGGGCGACGGAGGGCAGGCGAGAGCAGUCGAGCCCCGAGAAGUGCGGGGCAGCGCCCCAGCCCAGAAUUAAAAUCUGCAUAAUUUAGCUUAGAGAGGCGUGGAAUACUGGAAAAAUGCUCUUAACAGAACGAAUGCAAACGAACACGUGCGAUAGUCAGUUUGGAAGUCAGAGUGGAAGUUCCUAUUCUAUAUUUCCAGGAUAAGGGUGGUCCGGAUUUAAAAGGAGAAGCGCGUGUUCGUGUCCUCACGAACGCCCGGUCCGCAAGAACCGGCCCGGUGCCGGAGCAGCGGCCGUGCAGGUCUCCGGGCUGUCGCAAACAGUUCGAGCUCCUGAGCUUUAGGGGACGACGUAGCAGGCGGGUCGGGAAGGCCGGACCUUCCCAAUACCUCAGGCAAUGGGGAAAGGAAGAGGGCAACGGGAGUUUAGGAUAAAAGGAGGCUGCGUCCUCCAAAAUCUUGAGAGACCCGCGGGGGUAUGGGCCAGGGAACUCUCUCCUUUUAUUCAAAUAAAAUGAAUAAAGUUGCA